AGGGGCGGGCUUGAAGAGGGCGGCGCCGAGGGGUUGGUGGGCGUUGUGCCGGUGGCGCCCGAGGGGAAGCCGCAGGCGCCAACACGAGGACAGUCGUGGAGAGCGUGCUCCUGGCAGAUCGCGGAGAUCGUCCACGACGCGCACGCAGGAAAUCCUACUGUCAGAGUGGGGCGGAAGCAGUACGAGGCUUGCAUCGGCUUCGCUUUCAGUGAUGAGGAGCAUGCUGAUCAGAACCCGCCCGCGCAGGUCAUAUCGCUCAUAGAGUGGCCGUGGUUCGACAAGUUUGUUAUGUCGCUGAUCUUUGUAAACUCGGUGCUCUUGGCGGCUUACCAGUACAGGGAGGACAACAAGUCAGGCCUGAACUGGUUCGUCGACAUGGUCGCCGAGCCCAUUUUCACCUCGUUCUGCGCAAGCGAGUUCGUGCUCAAGGUCAUCGCCUGGGGCCUCAUGUGCGACAGACACUCCUACUUCAGGGAGCCUUGGAACAUCCUGGACUUCCUCGUACUUGUCACCGCGCUGCCCGCCCUCGUCCUCAAGAGCGGCAACGGGACCAGCUUCCUCAGGAUGUUCCGGAUUCUGAGGCCGCUCCGGUCGCUCCAGGCGGUGCCCCAGAUGAAGGUGCUGGUCAACACUGUCCUCAGCUCGAUCCCCAGGCUGGUCAACGUGAGCGUGAUGGGCGCUUUUUUAUUUCUGGUUGCUGGAAUUAUUGGCGUUACUUUGUACCACGGCAUGUAUUUUCAUGGCUGCCGCGAGACGGAGCAGCCGGUGCUCAUCCUCGGAGCCCUCGGGGAGAUGUGCUGGUCCUGGAACUUCACAGGUGAUUCUCGGCUCUGCGGGGGUGCCUACGACUGCAAGGACCCGCCGGAGGGCGUCGCCGCGGGCUUCUGCGGCGGUCCAGAGGACAGCCCCAACGAGGGCGUGCGGCCCGUCUUCCCGGGCGGCAGGAGGGGCUACCCGUGGUGCCCUGGCAGCGAGCCCGUUCGCAUCUCCCCCGAGACGGAGUUCGUGCACUUCGACCACAUGGGAGGCGCGCUCCUCACGGUCUUCCAGUCCAUGACCCUCGAGGGAUGGACGGAGUUCAUGUAUUACGCUCAGGACGGCUUUGGCCUCUGGUGGGGGACGAUCUACUACCUGCUGCUCGUCUUUAUUGCGUCAUUUACGCUGUUGAACGUCGCGCUGGCUGUGGUGGACGAGGCCCGUACCGAGCUCGACAAGGGCGCCGCCGAAUGCCCUUCGCCGCGCCGCACUGUCGGCAGCGCCGCCAGUGCCGCGUCGGGCGGAUCAGGCCAGCGCGAGGCUGCACCUGGCGGGAGGCCAGAGCGCUCCUCCAGCAAGACGCAGGCGAGCCUGGAUGCGAGCCUCCUGAGCGCUGGCGGUCCUGAGCGCGAGAGCUCUGAGCAGUCUCAGCUCUUCAGCGCGAUGCACGGCGGCGAGUGCAGCCAGGAGGUCUGGCUGGAUAUCGCCCUCGUGCGCUUCUUGCGGGGGGUCGUCUGGAGAGAGGCUUUCACGAGCUUCAUAAUGUUCAUCAUCGCUGCAAACGUGGUUAUCAUGAUGAUGGACAGGCACCCGCCGCAGGUGCAUCUAAAGGAGUUCAUGGACCUCUGCGAGUUGACCUUCCUGGUCAUCUUCACCGUCGAGAUGG